GCGACGGCGGGGGCAGGGGGGGGACGACGAAGCGCCGCACACUUUCGCCACUGCACGGGAGAGGGGGACGGAGGCUGCAUGUGCGCAGGGUCGCUUGCGGAUCUCCAAAGACUGAUCUCGGCGUCCCGCAGGCUCGGUCAAAAGCAGCGACGAAACAUCAGCCGCUGCCAGACAUGGAUGAAGGAAUCUCCCGCUUGCCGGAGAGGCAGCUGCUGGAGCAUAGGGAUUUUAUAGGGUUGGACUACCCUUCCCUGUAUAUGUGCAAACCCAAAAGAGGCGUGAAGAGGGACGACAGCAAGGAAACGUACAAACUGCCACAUAGACUGAUAGAAAAGAAGAGGCGAGACAGGAUUAACGAAUGCAUUGCCCAGCUGAAGGAUUUACUGCCCGAGCAUCUGAAAUUGACGACGUUGGGACACCUGGAGAAGGCGGUGGUGCUGGAAUUGACUUUGAAACACUUGAAAGCGCUGACAGCCUUAACGGAGCAGCAGCACCAGAAGAUCGUGGCUUUGCAGAACGGGGAGCGGUCCAUGAAGUCUCCUGUGCAGGCCGACCUGGACGCCUUCCACUCGGGCUUUCAGACGUGCGCCAAGGAAGUGCUGCAGUACCUCUCCCGCUUCGAGAGCUGGACGCCCCGCGAGCAGCGAUGCGCGCAGCUCCUCGGCCACCUGCACUCCGUCUCCUCGCAGUUCCUGCCCGGCCCCCAGCUCCUCUCCCCGCCGCCGGGCCCCCUCGGCAAGGGAUGCUCCUCCUCGCCGCCCGCCCCCCCCUGCGCGCCGGGCCACAAGCCGGAGGGCCAGGCGCACUGCGUGCCCGUCAUCCAGCGGACUCACGCCGAGCCCAGUGCCGAGACCGACACAGACACGGACAGCGGCUACGGCGGGGAGGGCGAGGCGCGCCCCGAGCGCGGCUCCGCGGCGGCGGGGGGGCCGCUGCCCGCCCUGGCCAUUAAGCAGGAGCCCCCGGGCGACGAGGCACCGCCCGCGCCCAAGCGGCUGAAGCUGGACCGCGGCGGCAGCCCGCUGCCCGGCACGCAGGGGCUGGCGGCGCGGAGCGCAGAGGCGGCGGCGCUGGUGAGACCGGACACCGCGCUGCUGGGGUCGCUGAUGGCGCUGGGAGCGGGCGCCGGCGGGGCCCCCUUCGGACAGCCGGCGGCGGCACCUUUCUGCCUGCCCUUCUACUUCAUCUCCCCCUCCGCCGCCGCCUACAUGCAGCCCUUCCUGGAUAAAGGCAGCCUGGAGAAGUAUCUCUACCCCGCCGCGCCCAUCCCGCUCCUCUACCCGGGCAUCCCCGCCCAGGCUGCCGCCGCCGCCGCCGCCGCCGCCUCCUCCUUCCCCUGCCUCUCCUCCGUGCUCGGCCCCGCCGAGAAGGCGGCCGCGGGGCUGCCCCCGGCGCCCCACCUCCCGCACCCCUUCGCCGCCGAGCCCGGCGAGGACGCCGAGCCCACAGCCGCCGAGGAGCCCGGCGCCGAGAGCCCGUGAGCCGGUUGUCCCCGCCGCUGUCGCCCUCCCCUCGGACUGGCGGGGAGGGGCCGGCCUCCGCGCCCCCGCUUGCCGGUGUGGGGCAGCGCCGCGCCCGCCAGGGUCGCCGGGUCCCGGCCCGGGGCAGCUCCGCUGCCGAGGCGGCCGAUCCCGGCGCUGCCCCCGCGCAGCACCGCCGGGCAUAAAAUUUGCUACUCAGUAUUUUUUUAAUGUUUGGCUUUCUAAGUGCGUAAGUAUGUUAAGGAAAAAAAAAGAAGGAAGGAAAAAUAGGAUACUUAAGGA